AUGUGUGUCGAGGUCGAGACGCCGUGGGGCAAGCCCUCUUCGCCCAUUACCAUUUCCUCCCUUCCGGACGGCUCCCAGGUCGCGUUCAUCUCCCGGCACGGCGCGGCGCACACGAUCACGCCGUCCGAGGUGCCUGCGCGCGCGAACAUUGCCGCUCUGAAGCAUCUCGGUGUGCGUGCCGUCGUCGCGUUCAGUGCCGUCGGCUCGCUCCGCGAGGAGAUCGCCCCGGGCCAUUUCGUGAUCCCCGAUCAGAUCAUCGACCGUACCAAGGGUAUUCGCCCCGACACCUACUUCCGCGGCGAGGGCCUCGUCGUGCACUCCAUGUUUGGCGAGCCGUUCUCGCGCCAGCUCAACCGCUUCAUCGCCCCCAAGGUCAAGGAGAUCCUCGACAAGGAGGGCGUCAGCGUGCACACUGACAAGACGGUGGUUUGCAUGGAGGGCCCGGCCUUCUCGACCCGCGCCGAGUCCCUGAUGUACCGCCAAUGGGGCGGGGACAUCAUCAACAUGUCGGUGAUCCCCGAGGCCAAGCUGGCGCGCGAGUGCGAGCUCGACUACGCGCUCAUCUGCACCGCGACCGACUACGAUGCGUGGCGCACAGACGCCGAGCCCGUCACCGUCGAGGAGGUCGUCAAGACGCUGCACACGAAUGCGGGCAACUCGCGCGCCGUUGCCGCCGGCAUCCUCGAGGACGUGUGCAAGCAUGUUGCCGCUGGAGAGCUCACCGAGAUUAAGGGCAGCAUGCAGUUCGCUUGCGUGACCAGGAAGGACGUCCAGCCCAAGGCGGCGCGCGAGAAGCUCAGCUUCAUCCUGCCGUACUUUUCCGACUGA